AUGACCACCAGCACGCAUGAGACGGAGCCGCUAUUGAGCGCGGAUCCCACUAUUUCGCCCACACGCAAGUCAAAGAAAGUGUUGAUUCUGAUCGUGUGCGCUGUCUUCCUCUUAUCGGCAGAGUUUGGAUUCUUUAUGUCAACCGCGCCGCAGACUGCUGUCUUUGAAGAUAUCAUCUGCCGCAACUACCAAGCUGGGCUGCACGGCACGGAAAAUGCCACUCAGCCAGAUCUCAAUCCUUGUAAAUCAGAAGCUGUGCAGGGCGAACUAGCGAUCGUCAUUGGCUACAAGGACACUUUUGAUACAAUUCCGAGCAUCGUGCUGUCGCUUCCAUAUGGGAUUCUUUCCGAUCACUGGGGGCGACGUCCUGUCCUGUACCUCAGCAUGCUGGGUAUAAUUCUGAGUGAAUUCUGGAUUAGGAUGGUUUGCUUGUGGUCAACUGUCUUUCCCCUGAGGAUGGUCUGGUUAUCAUCUGUCUUCAGGAUCAUCGGUGGUGGUGAUUCGGUGCUUACCGCCAUUGCUUUGGUCAUUGUAGCCGACGUCUUUUCGGAGGAUGAGAGAUCAACUGCCCUCUUUCGUCUUCAGUCCUGCGUGCUCCUCGCAGAGAUCCUGGCUACUCCCUUGAGCGCCUACAUGAUGAGCUUCGGCCCCAUGUUCCCCUAUCUCGUGAGCAUUUGCCUCAUUCUUGUAGGAUGCAUCCCGGCGUUGUUCCUCCCCGAGACUCUUGAGGAUGCAAAGGCGAAGCCAUCAUUACAGACCCACUCAGAGGAGCACGAUGAGAAUGGUCAGCCAGAGCGAAUGGGGAACAAGUCCUUCUUGGAAGAAGUGAAACGGCAAGCUCGCGAGUUCAAAGUCUCAACUCGGUUUAUAUGGACGGACUCCAAUGUCUGCAUUAUGAUCCUCGUGUUUUUCGUCACUAUCAUGACCCGACAAUCGACGAACCUGCUUCUGCAGUAUGUGUCGAAGAAAUUCGACUGGAGCAUUGCUCGCUCCAGUCUGCUAAUCUCACUGCGUGGGAUAUUUUCCAUGGUAACCUUCAUGGUCUUCAUGCCAGCGUUAUCCUUCCUAACCGCCAAAUACUUCAAUCUUCACGGUAAACAAAGCGACCAUGUCAUGAGCAAAGGCAGCGGAAUCCUUUCAGUCAUCGGUUUCGCCGCCAUCGCCCUCGCCCCAACACCCGCCAUCCUCAUCUUCGGCCAGAUUAUCCUGUCAAUGGGCAUGGCGUUCAUGGUGAACACUCGCAGCCUUGCCACUGCGCUUGUACUCCCCGACCAUGUUGGCACCCUGUACUCGGCACUGGCCAUUACACAGUCUGCGGGUAUGCUGGUCGCAGGUCCGUUGUUCGCCAACCUCUUCCGGUUAGGUAUGCACCUUGGCAACGCUUGGUUGGGUCUUCCGUUCUUGCAGGCGUCGCUCUUUUUCGUUAUUGCCGUGGUGGCUGUUUGGCAUAUUCGACUUGGACCGUCUCGGGUUAGUGACGAGGAGCAGGAAUCCUCGGCUGAGUAG